AUGCAUCACGUAUCGGUGAGCCUGGAGAACGUUGUUGCUGAAAAGUCGGAGAUCGAGGCAACCAUUGAAGGUCAGUGCAGCUCUGAAUUCGCUGUCCAAGCGCAGUUGAUCGAGGAAAAGCAGGCGGUAGAGGAAGAAGUGCGCGAGCUGGAGCGCAAGCUGAAAGAGAAGCUGGAGCGGGUGCAGGAAAUUCAGUCGUCGAUUGACAAGGCCCAGCGCGAUAUUGACACUGUUCGCAACCGCUACUCACGCCAGCUAAAGCGUAUUGCUGACCGCGAGGAGGGCAUCAAUAAGACGAAGGCUGAGGUGGAAUCAGACGGUGAGCAUCUCGAGCAGCAGCGCCACGAAUUCCAGGACCGACUGAAGCAAUACGCGGAUGACAUCUCGAUUAUUGGCAGGCGUAUCGGUGCAGUCAAGAAGGAGAUGCGAGCUGCAUCCUUGCUGGCGAACGUGUUAGAGGUGCAGGAGACUCGUCGCGAGCAAUCGUUGAUUCGCAAGAAGCAGCAAACUGCGGAACUCAGCUCAUUAAACGACGCUGCUGCUGUUGCAGAGCAGAGCUUUACCAUGCUGAGCAACCAGUACGAAGAGCUUGAGAAAUCUCUAUCGAUCCACCGCAAUGCUAUCGCUUCGGCGGAGGCAAUGAUCCCGCGUUUGGAGCAGGAGAAGAAGACGUCUGCUGCGCAACAGAUGGUGGAGGUAGUGGAAAUGGAGCUUCAAGACCUGAAGGAGCGCAUUGACAAGCGUGAGGUGGAGUAUGAGGAGAAGAAGAAGGAGCUGAAGGAGAUGGAGAAACACCUGGAGCUGGCGACACUACAGGAGUUGUGGAAGGAAGCGAAGCAUUUGCGCACAGCUCUGCGGAAGAUCGAAAAGUGCAAGAGCGAGGGCGAUGCUGCAAACGACGGUAUCGACUUCCGAUCUUCGGCGAUGUUGCUGGUCCAGGCCGAGUACGAUGCGUGCGUGCUUCAAGUGGAGACGCUGGAGAAGAAGUAUGAUGUGAGCGACCCUACGAAGGACGAAGAGGUGGAUGACGAUGAUGACGACGAUGAAUCCAUUUAUGAUGAAGAGAUCGAGGGCAGUGAUCAUGUAUCAGUUUCGCGCUCGAGUUUGACGGGUAAAGCGACGGACAUCGAUGGAUCGGAUGUUGAUGUCGAAGCUCUCGAAGACUGCAGCUCUACGUUGGAGGAGAUCGCGGCCCAACUGGCUGAGUUCGAGUCCCAGAUUGACAAGGCUACCGAGAACGAGGAUUAUGAGUUGGCUGCCAGACUGGAUGAAAAGAUUGAAACCUUGAAGCAGCGUCAGCAGGCCAUCGAGGCGUCAAUCUCGCAGGUUGCGUCCGAUGAUGUUCAUGAUGACGGCUCGGUGGAGGAUCCUGCCGAAGAAUCCAAUGAUCGCGAGUACUCUGCUGUGGAGGAGGAGGAAGCAGCUGAGGCGGAGUAUGUUCACGAGGAAAUGGUUAGCCCCGUGAGCGCUGUACGAAGUCACGAUGAGCUGACUCAGUCCUUGGAGACAAUCCAUCUGCGCGUUGUGAUGCUCGAAAAGCAAAUCGAGUUGGCGACCGAAAACGAGGAUUACGACACGGCAGCGGCCUAUGACGAGGAACUGGAGUCAUUGCGAGUAGAGGAGGAGAACAUUCGCGCUCAGCUGGGUGCCGGCAACACUAUCAGCGGUGUGACUGGUGCGAGCAUGUUUGGAGGCCUCGACAUCAAGCCUUCCGGCUCUGGGUCUGAGGGAAGCCACGCGUCGCAAGGAUCGGAGGGGCAUGAGUCUCCCAAGGAGGAGGUUGCUCAGCCAUCCACGAGCGGUUCUCUUUUCGGUGGACUGCAGAUGAGCGGUGGCCCCGCCGCGGCUUCUGAGAGUUCGGUUCCGACUACAGAGCCCGAUGUUGAAGUGGAGGAGGCUGAGGAAACGGCAGCCCCGGCUAAGGUUGAAGUCGCUUCGCCCACGUCGUCGGAUAUGAAGGACUCUUUCUUUGGGACCCCCACGGUACCUGACCACAGCGCCAGUUUGAUCGCUCCUUCAGCUUCUGGAUCUCUGUUCGGCGGUCUGCAGCUGAGUGGUAACUUCGAGGCUAGCACCUCUUCC